GGUCCCAGUCAUUCAAAUAUGGUAUCUCCGGUGGUAUCUCCUCCUUUACAAGUUCUUCGAAGAAUUUUUAAAGAGUUGAAAGUUCUAUCACGAUUUAAGGAACCAAUCACUUCCAGUUUAGAAGGUCAGUAUCUUAUAUCAGAAUAUCGUCACUUUUCUCAGGCUGGAGAAACAUUAGCACACAAGCUUUACUGUGACUGUCUGUUCUAUCUCUGCCUGCUUCAAAGUCAGCGAAUGGCACAGAUGCUUCAUGCAAAGUACAAGGGUGCCGGUGAGAGACCUGUUGAGGAGGUGGCUGGCUUAGUGGGUUUUAAGCUUCCAAAGCAAUACCAAGAACCUCCAGGUGAUACAAGUAAAAAAUGACAUGAAGUGCUUCAUGCAGGGCAAGGAUAAUUUCCAUGCAAGAUAAGUUUUGUUGCCGUUAUUCAACUGCAGCUUAUCAACAAGUGGUGAAUUUACUGUACCAAUAGCUGAGGUUUAAGAGUGUGUUCCUUUUUGAUGAUCUGGAUCAGAAUCAAUGAUUCAAGAUCACUUUGAUUGUGGUACAUUAAAGGAGUCCACAAAUCCUUGCCCAAAAUGGAUUCAUCUGUUCGUUUGAUGCAACAUGAUCCAAGUGGUCUUGGAUCCUUGAUGCUGAUCUAGAUCAUCCCAAAGGAAUGCAUCCUAAUCAUCAAGUGACUGACCCAGUUGAUGGUCAAAGCCAGUGAUAAAAAGAAGAGUGGGAGGCAAAGAUGAAACCAUUGGGUGCCAUGAUUACAGGAACUUGACACAAGGAGUUAAAAAGAAAACAAGUACUUAUGAUGUUGUCACCCAUUGCUGAUUUACAAAUCUGUUGUUUCAUGCUUUCAAAUGGAGCAAAAAAUCUGAUCAGAGACUUGACUCUCAGAUCACCAUCAGCUGCUGUUACAUCAUUGUUGUCACAUGAUUCAUUGCUACAUUGCUAUCAUCUCAUGACAAGAGAUCUGCAAGAUGGCUGCUUAAUGUUUGCAGGACAGAAAUGGUUAUAGAUUAAAGUGCCAUUUUGUUUCUUUUGUGAUAUUUUCUAUUUCUGGUGCCAAGUUUGAAGAACACAAUAUUCCCUGAGAUAUUCUCUCUCCUUUCUUUCUUUCCUAAUUUGCAUAAUACAAAAAUGUCAGUAACUCUAAAGAGAAAGAAGAUAUUCCAAAAAG